GAGGCCGCGGAGGUUUUGGCGGCGGCCGAGGAGGAGGCGCUGGGCGCCUUGGAAUGAGCGGCGGAUUUGGAGGCCGAGGUGGAGGAUCCGGCCCCAUGAGGAACCGUCAAAACACGAAUCGCGCUCGAGGCAGACCGACGCCAUACAACAGGGUAUGAGAAUGGGCAGGAAAGGGAAAACCCUCGGGCAAACUUCGGAAUGCCUGGGCAGCCAGCUUGCUAAUCAACGAAUAAAAGUGAUUGCUAGCCGCCAAAUUUCUCUCGACGGAGAGCUCUUAACACGAGCGGUUGAGCAUUAAAGGAAAUUUGUAUGCUUAAUGUGUCUGUCCUUUCCCGAACCAACCUUAUGUUGCAUUCCCCCUCCAAGAAGAAGCCCCUUUUUGAAACGACAAAUAUGCUAGCCGUCUUGGCGCAUUAGCUGGAUCGUGGAAGGUCUUGGCGUCGCCAUUUUGAAUCUACUACCGCAGAUUACAUUUUUUCGUCCACCGCCAAUACAUUUGCUUUUCAUCCAGUGUCUUAAUGGCGGUAAGAAGAGAACGCCGAGAAAACAUCCAGUAUUUAUUUUUUCCUCCACCGUCUGCGAAGGAGCAGCGAUAUGUGAGCGACCAGGAUGUCCAUUGUCCGGGAGUGGCUGACCGGCUGCGUUUGAAGGCCCAGUCUUUUCAAGCCGUGUAGUGGAUGGACCCGAGGACUUCACCCCCACUUUGCAUAGUGCCUUGAUAGUCAACUAACCACCAGCCCAGCCCGUGUUUGUGUGCGCCUCUUGGCGUACCAGACAAAGGCCAAGUCAAAAUGGCGUAUUCUCAAAAUGGACGCUCGGCUAAAUGUACCAUUUUAUAAGCCGUAGCUGCUAGUUUUCUGUCCCAUCCACAUUCAUCAUGGACUUUUGCGCCCCCACCCCCUACAAUAAAAGCCAGUUCCUCUGGCUUUUAAUGAACUUUUGAUCGGCCAGGAAUGAAUUUUCAUCGCGGGAGGCGAGGCAAGGCAGUUGGAGCAGGGGACAAAGAAGAUGAGGAUCAUUUCUGGAGAGCCUGUGGUGGAGGAAGCAGCUGGCCACAUUUGCUGUUAGUUUGGCCCAAACAGCUUCCAGAUAAAUGGCAACACGACAUGUUCGACAACGGCUACAGUGGAUUCAAUGGUGCAGCUGGCGGCGCUGGUGUGGAAACCGGAGGGAAGCUUCUUGUCUCCAAUCUUGACUUUGGUGUUUCUGAUGCAGAUAUUCAGGAACUUUUUGCAGAGUUUGGGACACUGAAAAAAGCCGCAGUCCAUUAUGAUCGUUCAGGAAGAAGCCUAGGGACUGCUGAUGUUCACUUCGAAAGAAGGGCAGAUGCACUCAAGGCCAUGAAACAGUACAAUGGCAUCCCACUGGAUGGGAGGCCCAUGAACAUACAACUUGUCACAUCACAGAUUGAUACACAGAGGCGGCCAAUGCAGGGUAUGAACAGAGGCGGUGGAAUGAACAGGGGCCGCGGGGGCAGUUUUGGCAUGCAACGAGGAGGCCGCAUUGGAGGGCGCGGCUCAGGCGGCUUCAGAGGACGGGGAAGAGGUGGUCGAGGGGGUACCGGCAAGCAGCAGAUUUCAGCGGAAGAACUCGAUGCCCAGUUAGACGCUUACAAUGCAAGAAUGGACACCAGCUAAGUGUUGCAGUCCUCCUUGGUCAUCCUUUCCUGUCCUGCCCUGCACAGAAGGAUGAUUGUUACAAUAGUUGAAAUUGUUUUACACAUGGUUGUUCUGAUGUGAUUGGUUGUCGCGCCAGCCUCUUAACUACUCUGAAGUGUUUUUUAUUAUGUUUUUUUCUUUUUCUGCCAAAAAAAAAAGUGUUUUGUCUGUAGGUUGAAAGUUUGAAUUUUCAAGUCCAUUCCUCAAAACUUGUAGUAAAUGAAACUUCCAAAUAAACCUGCAGUGUAUAUUAACCAA